AACAUCACCGAAUUUAUUUUGAACGAAUCAACUGGAUUUGAUGGACGAAGAGGUUUCGCUGUAAAUGUAAGAAAGUCAGUAAUAUACAGGGUGUCCCAAAAGUCAUCCCCAAGAGGUUUCUGCAGAACAGCUAAUUCUGCAGGACAUUUUCGUUUCUCUCCCUGCCUCUGGGCAAUUUCUUAUUUUCUAGUAUAGUGGUGUAUGAGACCAGAUGUAAAUCGUCAGUUUUAGAAAAUAGAUCAUUUGGGUAAUUCAACGACUCAUAAAAAUAGAAAAAACACAUUUAUUUUCAGUUUCACCGUUUUUAUUUAGGUCAAGGCUAUUCCAUACCAAUCAAAAGGCUCGACGGCAUUAAAUUACAAUACUCCUCCAUCGCCAGGUAUUACACAAUAUUAUAUCACUCAAAUAGUUCAUGAUUUGAUUAUACAAUGUCCAUAACCACGAACCGAAUAAAUUUGUAAUCAAUGAAGUUGGCUAGAUCCCAGCCUAAUAGUCGACGUUUUAAUUAUUACCUUUUUAUCAUAACAAUGUUAACUUCCAAACCUGUGAAUUGACAACGCGUGACGGAUUAUUAUCGCAUGUUUAAUAAGCAAUUAAAGAAUGUUAAUGACAUUCCUAAUUAUCACAUCUUAUUUAUUAAAUUCUGUAGCGAAACUGACUAAAUCACUCAUAGUGACAUUCGCGACACCAAAGCCAAUGCAGACGACGUUUCCAUCGCCAUCGGGUCCAAAAGUAACACAGACGACGUUUCCACCGGGUACGAGAACUGAUUUUUUUCACAAUAUAUUAAGUCUGUUAUUUGAACUUCUCACCAAAAUGUAAGAACGAACUUACAUUCGUACGUCAUUUAAGACGAGAAUAAAUAAAAGGCGAAAAAAGAGCACGUGUUUGACGUACAAUGGUCAAUGGAGAGCUUAAGCAAGCGACGUUUUCGACAAUAUAUAUAUAUAUAUAUAUAUAUAUAUAUAUAUAUAUAUAUAUAUAUUUAUACAGGAACAUCUGAUUUAAAGCAUAAAUACAGGCAACAGAAAUACAACAGGUGGGAAAGCUGUCAUCUCUGACCAAAUUUAUCGCGGACGCUUUCCUUUUGCCAGCAAAAAUUGUGAAAACAACAAAAACACAGAUUCGCUAGCCUGUCUCUCGUACUGCAGUAGAGGAAAAACAAAAGAAAGCUAGCAGAUGUAAACGUUAAUAAACGUUAAUCAAGACCACAAUUAUACUUGUCGCAAUUGGGAAAUCAGCAGUCAAGAAUUCUUCGCUGUCAUGGCCGAAAUUGAAGUUUCUUGUAAAAUGUGUGUUUUUGAUGGCAAAUAAUCUCGAACAGGGACGUAAUAUUGAUGGAAUAUUACUUGAAAUUUGCAGUACAUGCAUGCAUCCAUUUGUUGUCCAGAACAAAGUAUAAAUAUUUGGUUUUUGAUGGCUCCAUUGACUUCCGGUUGGCAUGCGUGUUGUCAAAAACGUCGCGUUAACGUUAAGCUCUCUUAUAAGCAACGACAUAAGCACAAGCAAAAGACUUCAAAGUGUUUGCAAGCUAGGGGGACAAAACUGAAUGUGGCCAUGGUAAGUGACCAUAUCACGCUCUAUAUAUAAUACAUAUGAGUCACGUUUUAGGGGGAGUUACUAUUUUUAGACUUUUAUAGGGUUAGGAUUAGGGAAAGGGCUAAUUAGGAUUAUGAUUAACAUUAGGGUUACGAUUAGAGUAAGGAUUAGGGUUAAGAUAUUAGGGUUAAGUGUAAAACACAAGAGAAUACAAAAUUAUAAUUUAAACAGGUAUAACGUAACACUCCAUGUCAAUAACCGGAAAUAAAUGUUAUUUUUUAGAUCCACAAUCCACAAUUUCAAGUAAUCCCCCGUCAGGUGAGUUCAACCCGGAACCUCUUUCAUCAGUUUCAUGCGUGUGCAAUAAAUAAUCAAGACUAGCCAUGCAUGUAUAUAGUAUAACUAUAUGUGAUUGUCUUUUUGACAUUUUACAGUAUAUAAACGAUGAUCAUAAACAGGGCCUUUCAGAGAGGGGGGAAAAGGGGGCAAUUUGCCCCGGGCCCCCAGCUUAGAGAGCCCCAAAAUUUGCAAAAUUAAAAAAAAAUAAUUUGGAGACGUUUUUUUAUAUAAAUAAUGGUAUGAGAAAAAAUUUGUAGACCUAAAUUUUACAGAUGUUGGUAGAAAAGGGUUUUACCCAAUCUAUCAUUAAAAAGUAAUAUAUAAUAUGCAUACAUUAUAUUUAACAAUUAUUCACCGAGGCGAAGGCAAAGUGGAGGUGAAUAGUGCAAGGCCAAGGAUAUUCACCAAAACGCGAAGCAUUGAGGUGGAUAUUCUUGCACUAUUGCAUUCACCGACGGCGAUGCUGAGGUGAAUAAUUGUUUUAGCAUAUACCACAACAAUACAAAAAUGACCAAAAAACGAAAAUAAUUUUUAAACAAUUUAUAUAUACUUCAGCUCCCACAAUACUGUAGUAGUAAACAAACAGUGUUUGCAAGCUUUUAUUAAUUUUAUUCAUUAGAAAUAGCUUUUAAAAAUACCUCUGAACGCGCUCUGUUAAACAAACCUUUGUGUCUUUCCUAUAUUUUGCGAAACCGCAGCUUCGUUCAGGGAAAUUAAGUACUUUUAUUAUGCCGAGGAGGGGGGGGGGGUGUGAAGAUGUCUUAAAAAAAGCUCAUAUUUUUACAGGGCCCCUGUUGAGGUUAUUGGUGAAUUUUCAAUGCCCCACCCCAGAAUCUGGAAUCGAAGGGGUACAAUCCGGAAUUCUCUCUUAUCGUAGAUACAAUUUGCAGUUCCUCAAGAUGUCUGAUAUACUCAAGAACGUGCUUCUCCUCAACAAAAAUACUGACUUGCUGCUAGCUUCUUUCACCUCAUGUUUACCUUCAAAAAUGUUUACAAUUUUGAAGCUCUAGGACUGCAUUUCUGGCGUUUUCUAAAGCAAAUUCGCAAACAAAUUGGAUGUGAAUUGACUGUAUUUUACAAAAAUGGUUAUCAUUUCACAGAAAUAAUUACUUUAUUACGCAAAUUUUACCUGAAAAUGUCAAAAUUUUAACUUGAAUUUUACCUGAUUUUUGCCUGCGUUUCACAGUGGUUUUUACACCCCCACAAUCCAAACCCCCCCCCCCGUCGCUAUACGUCCCUGACAACCAUUCCUUGCGAAUAUAUAAUGACUUAAAUUUUCAGUAAUCUGCCAUUUUGUUCUAUUUUUAGUAACAAUAUGGCGGAUUUUUCGAUAUUUGUGUCGCCAUUAAAAUGGUUGUAUUUAGAAACAGAUUUCAGUUUUAAAGUACUCUUAGUCUGCUCUUCCAAAUGGAUUUAUAAAAUCACCAAUAGCUUAUUUUUAAUUUUUGGCGCCAAGUUUGUGACGUAAUUUACCCGCCAAAAAGUAGCAAUUCCAAAAACAAAAAACAUACGAUUUGUAAGAAUGAUAUGUUCUACAUUCAUGGAAAAUUUGGUAGCAACAGAAUGACAAUUUCAGAAGUUGAAGCAUAUUGGUGCUUUUGCAUGCAUUUUUGACAGGCGUGUUGCAGCCUUCUUUUUAAUUCUUUUACGUAUUCCAUGUGGAGCUCCCCCAUGCCAGUUAAUAUAGAAUAGAUGGUUUGGAAACUCAUUCGAAUAACAAUAUAACUCAUUAUCUAUGUUAGCUAACGUUUAUUCGUAAAUAUGUUUCUUCACCGUCACGAGACACACGACUCACGUGUGUAUUAUAUUUUUGCCAUGUCCACCAAUAGCAAUUUUCCCUAUUGUUUGCAUGAGUGAUGGAUAGGAUCAACUUUCCUAAAACAUUGCUAUUGGUUAGUCGGGUAAAAAUAUACAAUACGCACGUGAUGGUGAAAGACCAGAUUUAUGAAUAAACGUCACUAACAUAGACAAUGGGUUAUAUUGUUAUUCUAAUGAGUUUCCACAUCAUCUAUUCUAUUAACUAUGGUGGGAGUGAACAUUCCAGGCCCUUACUGGACCAAAACUUUGAAAAGUUUAUAGCCCCCCCCCCCUUUGGUAUAUCGAGAACUUUCAAAGCCCCGCAUUAAAAGCCAGGAAAUAUUUCGGUGCCCCCCUUAACAUCUUCAUUCCCCCUCGGCAUAAUAAAUGUACUUUCCCUUAGUACAAAAGUUUGCUCGUAUGUAUAAACCAAUGCAAUGGUGCAAACCGAAACGAAACGCCAUUUUGUCUUUCUCCGCGGUUGAAUCAAUGAGCCAUUUAGCGGAAAACUAUACCUGGUAUACAAUUAUAUAUGUAUUUAUCAUCAGUUUAACUCAACUAUUUAAUCUAAUGUAAUCUUAUAAAAACAAUAUAAAAAUUAAUAUUUCACUCAUUUCACGGCUACUGCAGUUGAACUACGAAACUAAAGCUUAAGUAACUAUGUUUUCAGCGAAAGGCGGUCAGACAGGGGACAAGACAGCAACAACUCUAAUAUUCUCACUAUCUGUGUUUGCCGUUGUCAUCAUUGCUACACUUGGCCUCGUUAUAAAGUGGUGUAAGAAUAGGCCGAAGCCGGAUCCGUUACCAAUCAUACCACAACGUAAGUCGUAA